GGCGGCUGCUGCGGUUUCGGCGCUGAGGGAGAAAAAGUCCUUGCCGGACUCCGAUCCUCGGUUCCCGGCUGAGUUCCUCAGCCCAGAGGUGGCGGAUCUGGCGGGGCAAAAAGUAGGAAGGCGCUGGUUGUCUACCCAAGAAGCUUUAUGAACCAACAAGAGCAAUAAAGUGGCAAAAAAAUCUAUUACCCAUUAAACAAAGAAGGGAAAAAAGCCAAGAAGAAACAUGGCGGAUUAUUCUUAUAAAGAAACAUCUAAUCGCCAUUUGCGUUUCAAGCUUCAGAGCCUCAGCCGCCGCCUUGACGAACUAGAAGAAGCCACCAAAAACCUCCAGAAGGCAGAGGAUGAGCUGCUAGAGUUGCAGGACAAAGUUAUCCAGGCGGAAGGUAGUAACUCGAGCAUGUUGGCUGAUGUGGAAGCUCUGAGGAAAAGAGUUCUGAAAAUAGAAGGAAAAGAUGAGGAGAUCAGAAAAGCUGAGGAACUGUGUCAGCUGAUGAAGGAAAAACUUGAGGAGGAAGAAAGUCUCACUCGGGAGCUGAAAACCGAAAUUGAGCGACUUCAGAAGCGAAUGGCAGAACUGGAGAAACUUGAGGAGGCCUUUGGUCGGAGUAAAAAUGACUGUACUCAGCUGUGCCUCAGCCUCAAUGAAGAGAAAAAUCUGACCAAAAAAAUCUCAACUGAACUGGAAGUUCUUCGGGCAAAAGUAAAAGAACUUGAGCAAUCAGAAGACAGGCUGGAUAAAACUGAACAGAGUUUGGUGAGUGAGCUGGAAAAACUGAAAUCACUGGCUCUUGUUUUUGUUAGUGAAAGAAAACACUUCACAGAAAAGGAAAAGCAGAACGAGAAGUUAAUACAAGAGUUAACUCAAAAGCUAGAACAAAACAAUAAACUUAAUCGGGUAGAUCAAACUCGAAACGCAUCAAACCUGCUGGAACGAUCAUCCAACAGUAUUCUUGAGAGGAAUGACAUGAGGAUUGAAGUUGACUUAACAACUUCAGCACUAUCCUCAAAAGAAACCAGAAGAAAAGGGAGUUUGGACUACCUAAAGCUUGUGGAAAAUGAAACUCGAAACAAAUCUGAAAAUCAGAAAAAUAAAAACCAAGAAGACAACAAAGUGAAGGACCUCAACCAGGAAAUUGAGAAACUGAAGAUUCAAAUCAAACAUUUUGCAUCUUUAGAAGAAGAACUUAAAGCUCUUAGAGCCAAAAACAAUGACUUGCAUGACAGUUAUUUGAGUGAACAAAAUAAAAAUAAGCUCCUCUUAGGCCAGCUUGAAGAAAUAAAAAUGCAGAUGAUAAAACAAAAGGAGCUGGAGAAUGGCGAGGCAGAAACAGAAGAAAUGAAUGUGCCUAGCCGAAUCAAGCAUGACAGACCCAAGCACAGAGCUGUCACAGCUGAGUCAGCCAUUUCGAAGCCUAAGUCUCGGGAACUUUCACCUCAGCACAGACGGGACAGGAUUCGCAAUCGGGAAUUCUCAUUCAACAAUGAGGGCUCUGGCCAAGGUAACAAGCAGGUUACAAGUUCUAAUCUGAACAGCAGGAGAACCCCCAAAGCAUCUAGUACAUCUGCAUUAUUAGACAGAUUAGCAACUGAUAGUAAACGAGGAGAAGACAGGUCCGCCUUAGACAGGGUACACAUUCCCUCACCAAAAGAUAGUGGCGUCCCAUCAGCUGAAGUGAAAAAAUCUAGAGAGCAGCCAUCUGUGCUUAGCCGUUACCCACCUGCUGCUCAGGAGCACAAAACUUGGAAGGCCUCUUCAAAACCCAAGAAUGACAGUUCAUUACGAGGAAAGAUUGAAAAACCGUCCCAGCUGCUGAAUGACACUUACCACUGUAAAUCUGUUGAAUCUGAAGACAAGUCCAGUAAAGCUGAAACUACACUAUUGUCUUCCGAAAAGGGAAUUAAGGCACAUAUUGCAGAAUCACCCGAGUCUCGUGCCUCAAAAAUGAAUUGUGGGUCACCCAGUGGAUCUGCUUCAUCCUAUCGGCAUCAUCUUUCUGCAGAAAUGUUAGCUGCUGAAUCCACUGGCUCCAAAAUGGAAACCUCGGCGUCUAUCUCGUCUCACAGGCAGCACUUAGAAGAUAGUUCUGUGAAGAUAACUAACUCUCCAGAAAAAGAGCCUGCUGAUGCUUCUCUUGACAUACCAAAGCCUGUACCUUUAGCAAAGUCUUGGCUCAUUUCAAGAAGCCAGGAAGAUCUCUUGCAGAGUCACCCCAUUCCUCGGAAAGAAGAAAUGGAUCAGAUCUCUGUUGUAAGUUCUAACAAAGGAGGCCUAAAACCUACUUCUGCAAGAGCCAAAGUUAGCAAUCCUGGUAGCCAUGACAAAUUCAGCACUGCUGAAGAGUCAAGUAAAGCCACAACCACACCUACUUCUUUUGAUUUAGGGGCAAAAAAGGAACCUGUUUCCAGAGAAUUCACAAGUCCCAGGGGAGCCAUUUGGGCUUCUCCAUUUGAGAAUGGCAAAAGUUCAUGUAAUGAAGAGGAACUUGGCAGGUCAGCCAGAACAAAUGCAACUGGUGCCACAAAAGGUUUAAAAUCAAGAAGGCAAUUUGGUCCAAGGGAAGCUCUGAGAUCUAAAGUUAUCAUCAAGCCUGCAAUUGUGGAAAAGGAUGUGAAGGAAAUCAUGGGCGGUUCGGGGCCAGGGUUAGAAGUCAGCUCAGAAAAACAGCACCCUGUCUUCAAGACUGUGUCGCACAAAAUGACCAGCAGCAUCACUAUUUACCCAUCUGAGCCAGUCACUCAAAGGACCAACACCAGCGAAGCCACCAAGGAACAGCAGCAUCUGUCCCCCAGCAAUACCAGAGUCAUUCCAAAUGAGUUCUCUGCAGGAGCAAAUGCAGCCGGCACAUCAUACGAGAUAUCGAUUAGCAAAAGCAAUGUAUCCCUGAAGGUACCAGAGACUGACAAAAAUGGGGAUGCUGUUUUGAGAAGCACGGUGGAAACAGUAGUCUCCAAGAGUAACAUUAUGAUAAAACCUUCAGAACCUCUUGAGAAGAACAGCGAACCACCCAUGGAGACAAUCAAUUGGAAGAGUCAUGGUUCUUCAGAGGAAAACUCACCUGAGAUGAAGCAUGUUACAGUCAGGAGUGCGUGGCAAACGAGGCAGGGUUUGCAGGCUUCGAAAGACUCUGCAACCAAAAUGGAUGAAAACAUGGCCUCUCGGAAUCCAUACAGGUCAUCCACGGAGCCUGCCAAACUGGAAGGAACUAGUGCACGUAUAUAUGCAAUUGAGCAGAGUUCCAGAAGGGCCAGUGCCAGCAUAAACUCUUGGAAUACUCCAGAAACAGACUCUAGAAGGACCAAAAGUAGCUUAAGUGUAUCUGAGAUUCCCAGACAGAAGAGUGACGCCUGUGAGCCUCCAGCAACUGCUGCUUGGAAUUGCACGGUGUUACCAGAUGAAAACAAAGAUUUUGUUCCUAGUUCCAGAAGAAAACCUUUUGGCUCCACUGAGCAGCUUGCUUGGGCAGAGACGCCAAGGAAGAGACCGAAUGCCAGGCUGGAGAUGCACCGCCAACUGCCGGGCAGCAAAGACGAGGAAAGGAGAUAUUGGUCCAAAGGCUAUUCAGAAGACAACUGAACCAGCCAAGGGUCUUUCCCACUCCAGCUGCAUGAUCUCCAGAAGUUGAACUUCAUCCUUCUCCCAAUGCUGGCCUUCCCUGCAGCCAGUCCACCACUGGGAAGUGUACAGUGUCUGACUUUUAACUCCUUUAAGACUCAAGGCCAAGCCCCUCACAUAGCCUUGGGAAGAUUUUUAAAUAUUUUAUUUUAAAGGUGGCUUUGUGUUUUGUUCUCCUUCAUGGAGGAAGCUGCAGGGAUGUUGCUCAGGGGAAUCUCAUUCCAUCAUCAUAGCAAGCUUGAAUGAACAAUAACCAGCCGUGGCUCCAGAGGCGUCCUGGAGAAGAUGGAUGUGAACUCCGUCUUCUUCUUGAAAAUUUCCUGGAGGAGCAAGCACUUUUUUGUGUCUGUUGGUUUUGGUAGCCUUUGCCAAUGGAGAGUUAUCCCAGGUGCAUCUAUCUGCAGGAGCUUAAGGAGCCCAGAACCUACACAAAAGCCAUGGAUUGGCCCAACAGGAGUGUCCGUCAUUCAUCAUGAAUUUAUGCUCUUCCGUCUCCAGAGAACAGGUUACACUUAACCUGGAUGCCCCAUGGUGUGAUGCCUCAAGCAUCUCUGAGAUGCAUCUGCAAAAGGGACAGUUUGGGGAGAGAGGGCCAUUGCUUCACCUCAGGCCACUCUGAUCUUCCAUCCCACCCAUUCCAACUGCACUGCUGGACCCCUCACCAAGAACGUUUUGUCUGAGUCCAACAUAGAAGCAAUAAACUGAAACACACCGUCGUCAUCCACUGUUGCCUCUGCAAGUCAGGGGCUGAGGGAGCAUCUUUCUUGCUUUCCAUGAAACUGGUGCUUCUUCUCCUUGACUGUGAGGCAUAUUCUUGUUUCUCAGACUGCAGGACUAGCAAGAACCAGUUAUGUAGACCCUGGCUGGACUGAAUUAGAUAGCGCUGCAAUCAAAUGUUGCCCCAAGCCAAGCGGGGGGGGGGGGCUUUCUCCUAUUGUGUUACUUGAACAAAUUGCUUGCAUUCUCAACACACAUUGUAUAGUUCUUUCUCACUGGCAUAGGUAUUGGGGUUUGGGGAGUAACUGGCCAAAGGGGUGGGGAAGAAGAGCCUCCUUUGCUGAGCAUCUCAGUCUAUUUGCAGGAUUGGUGCAGGGGAGACACAUUUCUUUGUUUCUGCUACCUCACUCUUCACUUGCACGGGCAAAGGGACCAGUAGAGACUUGCCCAGGGACACAGUAAUUGCCCUCCUUCCAUACUCAAGUCAGCUGACUCAACUUUGCACCCACUGCUGCCCUGGCAACCAUGACUUACACAUCUGCUCUGUCUUCCUUCAUGUGUUUUGCACAAAAAGGCUCAGGUGCUGCUGUACUGAAAGUCUUCAUGCUUGCCUCCUGCUCCAUCAAUGCAUCCAGUUUACUACUGCAAGCUUAAAAGUUUGCGAUACACUUGUGUGCUGCUCUGUUUAGGGUCCCUGGACAAAAUGGAAUGACUUGCUGAAUGUGUAAAGCAGCCCUAUGGAUGUUGUGGAUCACAACUCCCAUUGGCCCCAUCCAGCAUGGUAAGUGGUCAGGGAUGAUAGGAGCUGUAGUCCAAAACAUCUGGAAGGCACCAGGUUGGGAAAGAAUGCCAGUGAAAAGCACUGGCUAUCAAGAUACUUGGAGGCAGUGCAGGAAAUCCUUUGGAUGUUAAUUUUCAGGGCCUCAUUCACACAUGUAGGUAAUACCAUUUGUCAUGCCCAAACAGACAUUUGUGUGUAUGUGGAAAGGACCUUUUGAAGCCACCUUUUUUAAAAUACCAACAUGCAUAUGUUGAUGAGAUGAUUACAUUUGAUGAGGGGGUUUACAGGAACAUACCGAGAGACAGGAACAGGGUAUAUAACUCCUCAUCUAUGUGUCCUCUUUUUUAAGUCUCGUUCUCAACACAUCCACCUGUUCUCCCUGCAACACCCCCCCCAUGGACAUUAGCAAGAAGGAAACACAGAUUUAAGACUUGUGAUUAUAUCCCAGUAAAUCCCUUUCCACUCCAAGAUUUGCAUCUAAAGUCAGAUUAAUAUUAGACCUUGACUAUUCCUCCUCCCCCCCCCUUUUUUUUAGACUGUGAUGAUGGGCACACUCUAGCUGAGUUCAAGCCGUAAUACCACUUUGUCCUUACAUGGAAUAAAUCCACUUUUCCUCUCUCCCAUCUGGCUCCAGCUCACUGCCUAAUUUACCCAGCAUUUGUUUGAUCAUCUGGACUAGAGAUACAGUAGUGCAGCGUAUAAAUGCCUCCCCACUUCCUCCAAGUGAAGGUUAAAUGAAUCAAAUAUAUGUUGGCAGCCGUUCCAUCACAGUGAUCACUCACAGGAAUCGGGAACAAAAUGAUCUUUAAAUGUUAAGUGGGAAGUGAACCCACUUUUUUGGCUGAGCAGUGAUUCACAAUCCAUUUGGCAUUUCUGUCUAGCUCUUGAACAUGCCAGUUACAUCCUGUCGCUUGUUUGAAAGGCAAUAACGUUGAAUAUCUAGUGUUUCAAAACAAGGGAAUGUCUGAGCAUUCACUUUUUUGCCUUUUAAUAUCUUGAGCCUUUAAGCAAUCAUACCUACAUACUGGGCCUUUCCUCGUACAUCAGGUUUUAUGCAGCAGUCCACACUUGAUCUGUUUGUGAACAUGUGAGGCACAGCAUGUGGGCAAUGGGUACAGUUUGUUAAGACAAGCUAGCAAAGUUCCCAGUAAGCCAAGGUGCAGACGUGAGCUUUCUGAGGUGCAAAAAAAAAGUUUACAUGUCUUUACUCUGGCUAAUAAAAUGAUACCAUUGCCACAUAUUCCUAUUUCACAGUGGGGUGAUGGUUUGUAUUCUUUUUUGUGCGUCAAAAGGAAAAUGACAUCUAAACUCUGUGUUUAGAAACUGUGCGAAACAUUUGUAUUUGUGUAUUCUUGUAUAUAUUUGCCUGCUGGUCAUUAUGAAGGCCCAUGAAAGAUCUUGAAGCCAUAAGCCAUAUUUGAACAAUCAACUCAACUGUUAAUGAGAUUACAUAUUACUCACUUCUA